AUAAACUCGUUCAAGUUUUAAGUGUUUUUCUUCAUAGCUAUUUGAUUUGCAUCAAAAAUCACUUUGAUUUUUUUUAAUCACAAAAGUGAAAAUGUCUUGCUGUGGAGGAAACUGUGGCUGUGGCUCUGGCUGCAAGUGCGGCAGUGGAUGUGGAGGAUGCAACAUGUACCCUGACAUGAGCUUUGCCGAGAAGACCACAUCCGAGACUCUUGUUCUUGGCGUGGUACCCCAGAAAGCGCACUUCGAGGGAUCUGAGAUGGGAGUUGGGGCUGAGAACGGCUGCAAGUGUGGAGACAACUGCACCUGCAACCCUUGCAACUGUAAAUGAGAGAAAAACAAAGAUUCUGGAAGCAGAGAAGCCUUGAUUCUAAUAAUUAGUAUGUCUUUGGAGUUAUAUGUGUUUGUGGGUUUAUUAGAAUAAAGUAGCCGCGGAUUGUCUAUCAGCAAAUCUUUGACUGUUAAGGUCACGGUCGCUUGACAAGUACACAGCUAUGUAGUGAAGUAAUAGUAUUUACUAGUAGUUUUUAUGAGCGUCUCUGCUAUAUCGCAGAAUAUAUUAUGACUAUAUUUUGUAUCAGAAAGUGAGUCAGUUUUCUUAUGAAUGAACGGAAGCUCCUUUCUUAAUGCUUGAA